AUUUAAAAUGUUACGAAACUUUGAUGAGUUCAGAAUGUUGUGUAAUUUGAUGAGAUGAAUAGAUAUGAAAGUACUCGGUAGUCAGAAAACUCACUACUUAACACUAUGCCAUUGGAUUACAUGGAUUAUUUCUUAUUUAUUACUUAAGGUGAAUAUAGCAACAGCAAUCGCCUGUUAUUCUUGUGUGUCAAUGAACAGAAGUAAUCCAGCAUGUGAAGAUCCAGUCAGUGCUUAUGUUACAAUUCAACGACCAUGUCGUCAAACGAUACCUGGACAUGAAGGUCUCUUCUAUGCCCACUACUGCACAAAAAUCAAGGGUAUUCGUCAAAAAGACGGUUCUAGCUUACUGAUACGAAGAUGCUCUAUGGAUAAACUAACCGACAUACCAACUCACUGCGGACAAUUCCAAUUAGAUGAUGAUUUAUACCACGGAUGCAUCGCUACUUGUUCCAAGGACUGGUGUAACACUGAUUAUAAAUAUUCAGUUUCUUUCCGAAUGUUGACAUUCUACUGGCUCAUUUCAUUGUACACUGUAAUAAUUUAGACGAAAACAGAAUCCUUCCGUUUGUUUGUAAGGGGUGAUCAUGAUCAAAACCAAUUUUGAGUUUUAAAUAUUAUACAAAUGUAAUACAUAAUUUUACGUUUGUAAUUUACUAUAAACAGAUAAGAAAUAUGACCUCAAAACCAAAUGUUCAAAUUAUAAGUGAAACAUCAGG